AUGACAGAUGCUGCCGUGUCCUUCGCCAAGGACUUCUUGGCCGGUGGAGUGGCUGCAGCCAUCUCGAAGACGGCGGUAGCGCCCAUCGAGCGGGUCAAGUUGCUGCUGCAGGUACAACAUGCCAGUAAGCAAAUCACAGCUGAUAAGCAAUACAAGGGCAUUAUGGACUGCGUGGUUCGUAUCCCGAAGGAGCAGGGAGUCCUGUCCUUCUGGCGUGGCAACCUGGCCAAUGUCAUCAGAUACUUCCCCACCCAGGCUCUCAACUUCGCCUUCAAAGAUAAAUACAAGCAGAUCUUCCUAGGUGGUGUAGACAAGAGAACCCAGUUUUGGCGCUACUUUGCUGGCAAUCUGGCAUCUGGGGGUGCCGCUGGGGCCACUUCCUUGUGCUUUGUCUAUCCCCUUGAUUUUGCCCGUACCCGUUUAGCUGCCGAUGUGGGCAAAGCCGGAGCUGAGAGAGAAUUCAAAGGGCUCGGCGAUUGUCUGGUUAAGAUUUCUAAAUCUGACGGGAUUAAGGGCCUGUAUCAAGGCUUCAAUGUCUCUGUGCAAGGUAUUAUCAUCUAUCGAGCUGCCUACUUUGGAAUCUAUGACACUGCAAAGGGAAUGCUUCCAGAUCCCAAGAAUACUCACAUCUUUGUCAGCUGGAUGAUUGCACAGUCUGUCACUGCGGUGGCUGGAUUGACUUCCUAUCCAUUUGACACAGUUCGUCGUCGCAUGAUGAUGCAGUCAGGGCGCAAAGGAACUGAUAUCAUGUAUACUGGCACAAUUGACUGCUGGAGGAAGAUUGCUCGUGAUGAAGGAACCAAAGCUUUUUUCAAGGGUGCCUGGUCCAAUGUACUAAGAGGCAUGGGGGGUGCUUUUGUGCUUGUUUUGUAUGAUGAGAUCAAGAAGUACACAUAAAUUAUUUCCUAGGUUUCUCCUCAGAGCAGGCAUGUUGUAUUAUGUAACAUAACUUGAGCAUUCUCAACUGCUGUCUAUUUAUCAGUGGCAACUUAAGACUGGUUGAAAAUGGGAAGCAAUAAUAUUCAUCUGACCAGAUCUCUCGCAAAGCCAUUUCCACAACGAUGAUGGGACUCAAUUAUAUUUUUUAUUUCAGUCACUCCUGAUAAAUAACAAAAUUUGAAGAAAUAAAAAAUAUCUGA